ACAAAAUUAUAUCGUUCGUAUUCAUACUAAAUUAUUCAUAUUCUUAUACCUCUAGUCCUCCAUUUUUGGACAUUGUGAAAGUCUUUUGUGCGCCACACUUCUAAGUUCUAACCUUUUUUAUUUGGAAUGGUUUUGGCUUUGAACUUAAAAACUUGCAGUAAAGUAUAUGGGGUUGGGCUGCAUCUCUCCCGUUUCUUUGGCCAUAUUUGAUCUAACCCGAUCCCCUUCUUUCAACUGUUUUUGUAGGGUAUGGAUCAUUAACAAUUGACAACACCAUUAUCCGUGCAAUAAUUGGGCCUAAAGUCUUAGACCAACUCAGGUUCUUUUUCAUUGUGAUCUCUGCCCAAUGCCCAUAAACAGUGUCAAAAAGUUCCUCGGAUCAAAGCAUUAAAUUUUCUCGGCAAGCAAAUGGCAACACUUGAGCGUUACGGCAACAUAUAUAGAGGUUGACAUUCAUUGUUUCUCAUAAUCGAACAAAUCAAAUCCACCUCUCUGUCUUCUUCUUCAUCCCCCGUGAGGAGCUGAAAACUCUCUUUUUUUCCCACUGUAAGGAACAAUCUUUUCAUUUUUCAUCCAAGUUGUUUGGAUCCAUAAUUUUACAAGCCACAAAAACUUUUCUUCAUAUAUUUUUUUUCACGAGAAAUCUCCCCAUUGAACCCAACUUUUUCCAUGAUAAAGCAUUGGUUCCAAUUUUAUCAACCAAACAUCCAACCACCUUAAAGAAGCUGCAUCUUUCUUCAACUUCUCGUGAUGCCUUAAAAAAGAAAAAAAAUAUAAAAACUAUCUUCCACGACUCCAUAAGAAUGACAUAACUCUGAGUUGCUUUUUUUCUUUUGUUAAACCUUGGAAGAAACAAAAUGGAAAAGGGAGCAACUUCUCCGAGUAAUUCUUUUCAUACUUAUUUUGUUGAUAUCCAUGAAGUUUUACAAGAAGACAAAGAAGAAGAAGAAGAAGAAGAGAUUAUCAAAAUGGAAGAAAAAGUGACCAAAAAGGGUUUACAGAAGCCCAUUAAACUUCGAGAACUCAAGAGGCCACAGAGGAGUUUUAGUAGGCAGGUGUCACUAGAGACAGGGUUUUCUGUGCUGGAUAGAGAAUCCAAGGCCAAAGAUGACAGAAGGGUUCUUCGGAGAAGUGGUCGUAGUUUUGGAGGUUUUGAUUCGGCUAAUAGGAUUGGUGGAGAAGCAAGGAAAGGAGACUUCAACAUCUUCAGGACCAAGUCGACUCUUAGUAAACAGAAUUCUCUGUUGCCUUCGAAAAAAGAGAGAGAGAUGGAGUCGCAAAGAAUUGAAGGUGCUACUGAUCUUGAUGAAUCUGUUAAUAAAAGUGUUCCUGCUGGAAGAUACUUUGCUGCUCUUAGAGGACCAGAAUUAGACCAAGUGAAGGACUACGAGGACAUUCUUCUUCCUAAAGAUGAGCUAUGGCCUUUCCUCCUCCGUUUCCCAAUUGGUUGCUUUGGUAUUUGUCUCGGACUUAGCAGCCAAGCUGUUCUAUGGCGUGCCCUGUCAACUAGCUCCGCUACCAAGUUUCUCCACAUUACACCAUUCAUCAAUCUUUUCCUCUGGUCAUUAGCUCUGGCAGUGCUAGUCUCAGUCUCCAUCACCUACUUGCUCAAAUGUAUUUACUACUUUGAAGCUGUCAAAAGAGAAUACUUCCAUCCUGUCAGAGUCAAUUUCUUCUUUGCUCCGUGGGUUGUAUGCAUGUUCCUUGCCAUUGGUUUACCACCAAUGCUAGCACCUGCAAAACUGCACCCCGCAAUUUGGUGUGCUUUCAUGGGACCUUACUUCCUUCUCGAACUCAAAAUUUAUGGUCAAUGGCUUUCAGGAGGAAAGAGGCGUCUUUGCAAGGUAGCAAAUCCAUCUUCCCAUCUCUCUGUAGUCGGAAAUUUUGUUGGAGCAAUCUUAGCAUCAAAGGUGGGAUGGAUAGAAGCCGCCAAGUUCUUGUGGUCUGUUGGCUUUGCCCAUUAUCUAGUGGUGUUUGUGACGUUGUAUCAAAGACUGCCAACAAGCGAAGCAUUGCCUAAAGAGUUACAUCCUGUGUACUCCAUGUUUAUUGCAGCUCCGUCUGCAGCAAGUAUUGCUUGGGGAAGCAUUUAUGGUGAGUUUGAUGGUUGCUCGAGGACAUGUUUUUUCAUUGCAUUGUUCCUCUAUAUUUCACUAGUUGUGAGGAUCAACUUCUUUACAGGAUUCAGGUUCUCUGUAGCAUGGUGGUCAUACACCUUCCCAAUGACAACUGUGUCAGUAGCGACAAUCAAGUAUGCAGAGCAGGUUCCUUCUGUUUUAAGCAAGGGCCUUGCUCUCUGUCUUUCAUUCAUGUCAUCAACAAUGGUGUCUGUAUUAUUCGUCUCUACCCUUCUUCAUGCCUUUGUUUGGCAGACAUUGUUUCCUAAUGAUCUCGCCAUUGCUAUAACCAAGAGAAGACUUAUCAAAGAGAAGAAGCCCUUCAAAAAGGCUUAUGAUAUAAAGCGCUGGACGAAACAGGUUCUAUUGAAGAACAACCCUGCGGACAAAGAAUACAACGGAGAGAAUGAAGCAGCAAACCAGCGGCAAUCUGCACACAAGCAGAAGAUAGAAGCUGCCCUAGCAUAAUACUUAAGAAGAGUUCAAGAAUGAGAGUGAAACUACAGUCCAGAUGCUUGGUUUUGACUAUUGUAGCUGAAAAUCAUCUUUUUAUUGGACAUUGGAUCCAAGAAAACAAUCGAU